GAUCUUUUCCCAGUCACUUUCAACAUGGCGCCUGAGGUAUAAGCUGGAACGUGGACAUUAGUUCUGGUUGUUUGUGCUAUACAUAGGGGAUUAUAUAUCGGGGGCCUUUCUUUAAUUCCACCCCCGAUUCCUUGGGUGAUAUUUUAUAGUUCAACUCCGAUUCCUUUGCUGACGCUUGGCCUGAUCCAGAUAAUAGCAAAGACAGAAACGUUCGAGGUCGGUGUCACCUCCCUCCGAGAACCCCGGUUUCAGCCCUCCAGCUGCCUCACUCUACGUAUUUGCAGUUUCAUGCGAAGACUUGUGGAGGAAUAUAAUGUUAGUCUACAGUUUCUUGAAAAUUAUAGAUUGGCUGUAAAAGAUAGUUCAAAGAAACUGAUGACAAAUAAAUGUGUCUGAGGAUUUGGUUGAGACUUGCCUUGGCUUCAUAUAGGAAUGAAGCAACUCUAACUGCAAUUUCAGUCAGAAAUCAAUCUUUUAACAAAAGCAUGGAGGGUAAUCAGAAUCAAGACAUGAAAACAGAUAGCUGUAAUCUGGAGCAAAAUAUGGCUCAGUCACCUACAGUGAGUACAAGUGGUGGCAGCGAGUCAACAGAAAAUGGUGAGAAAAUAAUCACAGAAGGAAAAGCAAAAGUGAUUUUCCCAAAUGCCAAUGAAGUGUUCUACAACCCUGUCCAAGAGUUCAACAGAGACCUUACGUGUGCAGUUAUUACUGAAUUUGCUCGUUUGCAGCUCUCAUCCAAAGGAAUUAGGAUUGCAGUCCCUGGGGAAGAAAAUACCUCUAAAGUGAUUGUUGAUCUCUCUGAAACGGGAAAAGAUAACCUGGAACAACUGAAUUAUAGAGAUACUACAGAUGAGGAGACUACUACAAUUGCACAAGUAGAUGAAGUAUGCCAGGAGGGACUCCAAGUGCUGGAAGCUCUGGCGGCUUCUGGAUUGCGUUCCAUCCGGUUUGCAAAGGAAGUGCCUGGCAUUCACAGUGUGGUAGCUAAUGAUAAUUCCUCUAAGGCUGUUGAGUUCAUCACCCAAAAUAUUAAGCUCAAUGGCGUGGAACACCUGGUGACUCCAAGCUUGUCAGAUGCUCGAAUGCUGCUAUAUCGCAAAAAGGCAGCUAAAGAAUUCUUUGAUGUUAUUGACCUGGACCCGUAUGGCAGCCCUUCUGGUUUCUUGGAUGCUGUGGUGCAGUGCGUGAGGAAUGGAGGUCUGCUGUGUGUUACAUGCACUGACAUGGCUGUAUUGGCUGGGAAAUUGGGCGAAACAUGUUACAGCAAAUAUGGAGGCGUGUCGAUCGGCACCACCUGCUGUCAUGAGAUGGCCCUACGAAUUAUCCUGCACAGCCUGGAUCUUCGUGCCAACUGCUACCAGCGCUAUAUUGUUCCAUUGUUGUCUGUCAGUGUGGACUUUUACAUCCGUGUGUUUGUUCGAGUCUUCAGUGGACCCUCCAAGGUCAAAGCUUCUGCUAGCAAACAGGCCUUGGUUUAUAACUGUGUGGGCUGUGGAUCUUUUCAUAUCCAGAGACUUGGCAAGAUGGUCAGCGAUGGAAAAAACUUCAACUAUAAGGCUGCUUGUGGCCCCCCUGUAGGCCCAUCCUGUGAACAUUGCCAUCAGCACCACCAGCUGGCUGGCCCCAUGUGGGCAGCACCGCUUCACGAUUUGGAUUUUGUCCAGCGAGUCUUGUCAGCAGUUGAGAGUAACCCAGGUCGCUUUCAGACAAAUCAACGGAUACAGGGCAUCCUGAGCAUGGUGAUGGAGGAACUACCUGAUGUCCCUCUCUAUUAUACCCUUGAUAAACUCAGUAAAACCAUCCAUUCGAACAGCCCUUCUCUGCUACAGUUCAGAUCAGCCCUUCUUCAUGCUGGCUACCAAGUGUCGCUUUCUCAUGCCUGUAAGAAUGCUAUCAAAACAGAUGCACCUUCAUCUGUGCUUUGGGACAUUAUGCGCUGCUGGGAGCAGCUCAAUCCUGUGAAACGAGAGCGCCUUUCCGAGCACAGCCCAGCUGCUCACAUCCUUUCCAUGGAACCCAAGUUGCAGGCAUCCUUUACUGUCCGAGCAGAUGCUAAUCCUAAAUCACGAAAGCAGAAACUCCGGCGGUUCCAGAUGAAUCCUGAGCCCUUCUGGGGCCCCAAAGCACGAGCAAAAGCAGGGGGUGGGAUUUCCUCUUGUCUGCAGGAAAAGAGAAAGCUACAUCAAAACAAGAGGAAAGUCUGUGCAGAAGGGAAUGAUGAUUCUCACUUAAAAAACUUUCCAUGCAAAAGGUUCCGGCAGGGUGACUGUACCUUAGGGGACAAAUGCUGCUACUCUCACGAGACACAGAAUGAGUGAAGCACCAAUAACAGCAGAGUGACGAAAAAGUCCUGAAUGCCUGAAAGGAAUUCAAUUUCUUAAUGCCUUAAAAUGCCUGGUGCUGUGGGAGGGAUACAGUAUCUCUCUUGAAGAUGCCGAAGAACAAGUAAUUCCUAAAACAUAAGUAACUGACUACACCAAUUCAUUUAACCUCUAGUCUUGCUACAGUUUCACAUACGUUUUUUUCUUCUGGUUGUAGACUUCUCACUACUUUGGCUGUUGAUCUCCUUUACCUCAAUUUCCUAGUCUUUAUGUUCUUUCCUCUAUUGCAGAGGUGGUCAAACUCAUUGAGGGCCGCAUCAGGGUUGUGUUUGACCUUGUGGGAGGGAAGGGGCCAGCUCGACAGUCACUCGUGUCAAGGGUGCCUGAAGUGGCCCGAGCACUCUGCCAGUGAAAAUGGGCUCCCGAUCUCCGUUUUUAGCUGUGACGGCUCCAUGCAACCCUCUACCAGUGAAAACAGAGCUCGGGAGGGCCUCCUACGGCUCUCCAGAGCUCUGUUUUUGCUGACAGAGGCACUGCGGGCCAAUCCUUUGCUGUUUCUAGGGCGGCCCCAUGGGCCAGAUCUAAGCACCCCACAGGCCGGCCUUGAGUCUGACACCCCUGAUCUAUUGAAACUGUGAGUCUUCUGCUUUUGGGGCUAACAUUUUAGAUGAGGUGCUCAGCUUCCCGACGUUAUCAAGUAGACAAGUCGGUUCCCACAGUUGUAACUGGAAGCAAUUACAGAAAGUACUUGUCCUCUCUGUUGCUCUACCAACCUGC